AAACAUUCAUCGUGUAGUAGUUCUGAGACUGACACGGAGUAGUCACGAUUGAUUUCCUAACCUUUAAUUUUUAAAAUUUUCAAAACAGGUGUCCAUGUAUUAUUGUUUUUACUGAUAUGUUUUUAUGUGGGCGGAUUUUUCUUAUUUUCAUUUACUUGUUGUGUGUACAAAGUUUUGGGUUUUUUAUUUACGUUUUAAAUUCAUUGUCGUUUAAUUUUUCGGACAAUAUAUCAAACAAUUUAAACAAAACUUAUGAUUACAUUAUAGUUGGCUCUGGCUCAGCUGGGUCCAUUGUGACCAAACGAUUAUCAGCAAAUAAAAAUUACAAUGUGCUACUACUUGAAAGUGGCAGUGAAGUUAGACCAAGUAUUUUGGAUGUCCCUUCCUUGGGAUUAAUGCUUCAGGGAACUUCAUAUGACUGGGCUUAUUCCACUAUUCCACAAAAAUGGAGUGCCUUUGGAUUAGAUAAAAAUAAAAGUAAAUGGCCAAUGGGGAAACUUGUAGGAGGUACAGGUCAACUCAAUAAUUUAAUAUAUGUAAGAGGUCAUCCAGAUGAUUUUAAAUCAUGGUAUGCAAGUAAUCAGGAAUUUGAUUAUGAAAGGGACAUUCUUCCAUAUUUUAAAAAAAUAGAACAUUUUCAAGACUCUCCAAGUAAUGGUGUUUUAACUAACUUAAUUUAUACAUCUAUAAUUCCUAAAUUUAUUUUGGAAGGUUUUAAAGAACUGGGAUACAGCAUUGGAAAUAAUAUAUUAGACACCUUUUCCUUAUUUAGUCAACCACUUGUGAACAUUUACAAUGGUAAAAGAUGGACAUCAUCACAUCAGUUGUUGUAUUUAGAAAGAUCUAAUGUUAAAAUUAUGCCUAAAGCUGAGGUUUAUGAGGUUCUCUUGAAAAAUAACUAUGAGGCUUAUGGCGUUAAAUACAAAUUCAACAACGAAAUGUCGUAUGCAUUGGCUUCAAAAGGAGUAAUUUUAUCCGCAGGAGUUAUAGGAACACCAAAAAUCUUAAUGCUCUCAGGAAUUGGUAUUGAGGAACAUUUGAAAGAAGUCAACAUAUUACCUAAAAUUAAUCUACCAGUUGGUAAUAAUUUACAAGAUCAUGUGACGACAGGAUUCGCCCUGGUUACGUUUGAUGAGACUAAAAAUUUCGGUAUGGGCCUUAAGGACAUGAUAAAUCCUCUUUCAGCAAUAAAAUACUUCAUUCAUCGAGGCGGGCCUUGGACAACCAUAGGUUGCGAAGUUAUGGGUUUUUUGAACACCAAACAUCCUAACAAUACUCAAUUACAACCUGAUCUGCAGUUUAUGGUUAUGCCUUUAGGUAUUGAGGAAGAUUCAGGGUUGCAUCUUAGGAAACUGAUGGGGAUAAGUGAUGUUUCUUGGUCACAAUAUUUUAGUAAAGUCAACGGUUCCAUAUCGAUUUUGCCGGUUCUUUUACAUCCAAAAAGUAAAGGAACUGUGAGAUUAAAUAGCCUAGACAAAUUUGGACAUCCGUUGAUUGACCCUAAUUAUCUUCACAAACAGGAAGAUGUUGACGUACUUAUUGAGGGAAUCAAAAUUAUCAAAGAGUUUGUCAAAACUGAACCAAUGCAAGAAUUGGGGGCUAAGUUUAAUACUAUGCCAUUUCCGGGUUGUACACAUCACAGGUUCGAUACGAAACUGUAUUGGGAUUGCUACAUUCGGCAUCUGACCAUAACAUCAUAUCAUCCUGUUGGAACGUGCAAAAUGGGCGAUGAUGAGGACAGCGUUGUUAAUUACAACUUUCAAGUCAAAUUGACCAAUAAAUUAUAUGUUGUUGAUAGUUCUAUUCUUCCAACAUUGACUAGCGGAAAUAUUAACGCGGCUGUGUUAAUGAUGGCCGAAAAAGCCUCUGAUGUGAUAUUAAACAAUGAAUUCCUGAACAAAGAUACAUCGAAAAUUAUAAGUCUGUUUUAUUCUAAUUAUACAUGUAACAUAUUUUAAGCCAUACUGUUGUCAAUUAAAAUUAUUAAUUGAGUACUUAUUGUUACUUAAAUUUAUAGAUGCAAAUUAUAUUUGUAAGAAGUUAAUGUACUGUUUUCUAGUUUAUAUAGCUGUUUUAAAUAAAAUCUCUUAU